CGUGAACGGUUGCGUUUUCAUUUGUCCGUGCAUUGUUUGUUAGUCGAUCCUGCUAGCUAGAGUUAGGUGCUGCUGUGGCAAGCGCCCAGGUGUGUUCAGGUGCACAGAGAGAGCUCAACGGCCAGAGCGGGAACGAACUCAAAGCGGACUUGAUAUCGGACGGUCGUAAUCGAAGUCACCGAAGUUUCUUUCAUCGUCGUCGAGUCGAGUGGUUAGGAGAAAGAGCAUUUUAACUGCAUCUACGGUGUGAAGAGCUCUUGGUUUUUGUGUACGAAUUCGAAAAAUUCCAAUCGAAAACUCGUUUUACCUUUUCUUUUGCUGAGCUCGUAAAAGUAGUGUUGGCUGGCGUUCACGUCGUCGGAGGAACGGAGGAAAAUUACCGAGCGCGAGUGCGCGCCGCCGCCCGGAGUGUGUCUCAGUGUGUUGGUUGAUUAUGAUUAAUAGUUGUAACUAAGUUUCUUGGAGGAAUUAAAGCGGUCUUCGGCAGUGCGCCAACAAGGUGGGCGAUUUAAUGGGACAUUGUUUGUCGCUGGACGGUGGACGGUGGCGACAGAAUUCCGAGUGCGGAGAAGAAGAAUUUUGUUCUAGUGAGUGAAGCAGUGUGAGUGCGGGGGUGAAAUGAGUUCCAGCGAGAUGACGAUGGCCAAGUCGGCUUCCAACGCAAACCUGCAGGUCGGCAAGCAAUGGUGGAAGGUAUGCUUCCUGUACGGGAACCAGGAAAAGUACUACCGACAAAUCUACGCCAAAGCCGCCUCAGAUCGGAUAGCACAUGCCGCUCAGACCAACAACAACAAAAACACCAACAACAACAACGGAACUGGUGCAUCGGGAAAGGCGGCCAUAAUAUUUCCUACGAAACAGCACCGUCCGAUUCUGAUCAACGGAACACGGAACAGCCAGCGAACGGAUGCGGGUUGCGACAAAACUGCUCCGACGAGUAAAAAACGUGUAACCGUACUGGACGAUUCGUUCCUGCUGGGGGUCAGCGAAGACGAGCAAAGGUCGGAUAGUGGAAUUAACAUCGACGCCGCUUCCAGCCAACCGGAAGAAUCAAGCCACCGGGGAAUGAGACGCAAUUUUCACUUGAGCAAUGAAGAGCUGAGACUUUUAUACUCGGACACACCCGGUGGGGGACAUUUCCUGGAACCAGCUGGUGCCUCGAUUCCGUCUCCCAUUGUGAGCCUCUGUGGGAGCCCUCAAAUUGCACCCAAUUCAUCAUCGUCAUCUUCGUCGCCGGUCGUCGGACUGCCCGGGGGCCAAUUCGUCGCAGUCAACAAUGUGAGCAGUCCCGCCCCUACCAGUUCCAGUCCGUGUUUUCUGCCCUGCCCGGACGUUCUGGUCACCAACGGCAGCAACAAGAUCACCCCGCAAGCCGUGCCGAUGUCGUACCCAUACCAAAAACCUUCCUCCUUCGAGUACGACGUGAACUGCGUCGUCCCGCUGAGUCCCCAGGCCCAGUCCUACCACCACAAAUCGCUCCAGCAUCACCCUUCCGCAUCGGUGAUUCCGUCACCGGCAUCGGUGAGUGACUUCCUACCGCCGCUACAACCGCAGUCCCAACCGCUGCAGCUCCACCACCAGCAGGAGAUCGGUGCAGGAUCGCGAUCGAUUUAUAGUGCGCACGCCCUCUCGCAAACCAGCAGCAACCUGCAUCCCCAGCACCUGCAGCAUCUUCAUGGAUCGUACCAGCAUCAGCCGGCUGCACCUGCGUUAUAUCAUCACUCACCACGAGGUCAACAGCAGCAGCAGACAUUUCCACCAAAUUUCCCUCCCAACCAGCAGCAGCAUCACGGAGGAGGAGGCGGAGUCGGUGUCGGAGUCGGUGGUGGUGGACACAAUUACUCGCAGUCCGACGAUGACAGUGGCUGUGCGCUAGAGGAGUACACUUGGGUACCCCCCGGUCUUCGGCCGGACCAGGUCCAUCUGUACUUCUCGGCCAUCCCAGAGGACAAGGUUCCGUACGUAAACAGUAUCGGCGAGCGGCACCGGGUCCGCCAGUUGCUCCAGCAGCUUCCUCCCCACGAUAAUGAGGUGCGAUACUGUCAUUCACUGACCGAUGAAGAGCGUAAAGAGCUGAAACUUUUCUCCGCACAGCGGAAGCGAGAAGCCCUCGGUCGAGGAACCGUGAAACAGCUUGCUACGAAUCAGAUUUGCGAUGGGUGUGGCGAAUGCAUUUCCUCCGGUGACAUGGGAGUUUACGCGUCUCGGUUCGAUCCAGGCACCUGCUGGCACCCGGCUUGCUUCUUUUGCUCCGUCUGCAAGGAACUGUUGGUCGAUCUGAUUUACUUCCAUCGGGAGGCUCGGCUGUACUGCGGAAGGCAUCACGCGGAGACGCUGAAACCCAGGUGCUCCGCUUGCGAUGAGAUUAUACUGGCCGAUGAGUGUACGGAGGCGGAAGGUCGGGCGUGGCAUAUCAAGCACUUUGCCUGUUUUGAGUGUGACAAGCAGCUCGGUGGUCAACGAUACAUAAUGCGCGAUGGGAAACCAUACUGUCUGCACUGUUUCGACGCCAUGUUUGCCGAAUACUGUGAUUACUGUAGCGAGCCGAUCGGUGUUGAUCAGGGUCAAAUGAGCCACGAUGGUCAGCAUUGGCACGCGACGGACAGUUGCUUUGCCUGCAGUACCUGUCGAUGUUCACUGCUCGGUCGACCAUUCUUACCUCGCAGGGGAGAGAUUUAUUGCUCUAUAGCAUGUAGUAAAGGUGAACCACCCACGCCUUCCGACGGCUCAGUGCCAACCGUUCUUCCCACACGAAGUCGGCUGCGGGGAAGUCAACGGCCGUCGGACGACGACUCCGAAUAUCAACCGCAUUUGCCAAAGUCACCCGAACCGUUGCAGAGUCCAAUCAGCGAACGAAGUACUCCGCACUCCAGUCCUGCCAAACACUCGCAUACGGAAAUUUCCACCAACAUUUCAAGCUCGGUUCCAGCAACCAGCGAGCUAAAUGAACACAAUUUCUCCGUUUCGGCGGACAACGACGUACAAACAUACACCGGAAGUGGGGCUACUUCGCCCGUGUCCUCCCGAACGAACCCUUACACCGAACCAAGUGACCUCGUAGACCACCACCAGCAGCAGCAUGAUUCUUUGCCACCAUUGAGUUCCAGCCAUCGAAGGAUCCCUCAAUGUUCACCGGAACUCACCCGAUUACUACACAAAGAUCGAAGUCGGCAACCAUUGGAUCUGACGGAUCUUAGCUUAAGCUUAGACAACUGGCAAGCCGAUCAGCUUUCCAUCGCACCCAGUAUAGCGAAGACAAACCCGGCUCUGACCUCAUCGAUGCCGGAAUUAACCCAGCAGCUGCAGCAACAGCAAUACCACAACCAGCAGCAGCAACAGGAACAGCAACAUCAACAACAAUCUUCGUAUCAUCCGUAUCAUUCGCAGCCAGCUUACGACGAUAUUAGCCCGUUGGACAAAUCAAGUGCAAUAGACCCGGAUGAUGCUAUCCAGAAUGCGUCCGAUGCGUCACACUCCAUCGUGGAGCUGCCAACCCCGCCGCCAAUAGUCAUUAAGAAAGAAGUCCGCUUUGAAGGCGACUUCCAGGACUCGUUGCCCCGCUCGAAAGGCUACUGCUCCCGGAAUGGGGGCAACCCGCGAACACGUUCCUCCAAGUCGAAACGUAAAUCCAGCCAUCAUCACGGUCAACGGUCAGAUCGAUCGGACCAUUCAGCCGCUAGCUCCUCUUCUUACCACGAGCCAAGAUCCUCCAGCAGCCGGCGUUCCCCGCGGCGGAGGCCACGCGCACCUGUCGAAGUAGAACUGGAACCGGACGGGGGUGAUUCGGAUGCGCGUAGCGUUUGCUCCACCUGUUCGUCCAGUUCAUCCAGUGCGGACGAUGACGUGUACGAGUUGCCGAUGAGGCGGACCUACGGCGGAACGCGAAUCCACUACAUGCCAAACAAUUCGCUUGCGUGCGCCCGGAAACGGAAGCAACUGCAAACCAGCCAUCCCUAUGAGAAAGACAAUAAAAACUGUAUCAUAUCGUGAGAACCGGCCGGUUGAUGUCGGCUUCGUUACUGAAGGUAGUAGGUUAGGUCUGUACAUUUUUCUCCGUGACAGAAUGUCUACGUAUCCAAAUUGGGAGUCGAAAAAACAUUUCAAGUAUUUUUGACGAAAGAAAAGUAAUAUAGUGUUUUUGAUGAAGGAAAAAAAAGUGUUUAAACACGAGUUUGAAUGUAUUUUGAUUAUUUGGGGUUGAAAUUUUAGAUUAUGGAACAAGAUAUUUUAAAGCAGAACAAAUACUCAAGAGAUUUUGUGAAAGAUUUUCGUAUCCAAGGCAUACAGUUCACGUACCAAUACAAAGCAGAAUGUAUUCAAUGCUCAUAUCUUAUUUAUAAGAAUUUUUUAUAUAUAAUAGUU